UAAAUGAACAUAAACUUUAAAUGUUUCAGGCUUUCCGUAUUUCAGCAUCCCACCAGAAAUAUUAAGUGUUCUUCAUCUUAAGCACAAUGUACUGUAUUCAAUGAUGCAUUCACCAAAUAACAGCAUCAGGUUACUAAGCCAUAGUUCCUGGGUGAAAUUUCCUGGGUGAACAAAUUCUACUAUUAUUCGAUGUGGGCAUUAAAAAAUGUGUUAUUACAUGUUGGAUUCACACGAGCGAUCACUGAUCAGUAUUUCACAGUAAGUAGUGGGAAACACCCUUUUGACAGAUAAGAGCUCUCCUCCAUGCUUCAUCACCUGAGGGCACCACGAAAGUGUUUCUGUUUAUCAGUAGCAUUAGGCUCCGUAAAGACGUCAACCUCCUCAAUGGGUCUGCGUAAUUCACGGCCAAAGCUCUACCCUGGGGAUAUUGUUGAAUUCCCCCGAAACAAAUAUUUCUCCCAGUUUGGAAUUUACUAUGGAGAAAGAGAUGGUGUCCCCUAUGUUGCACAUUUAACAUGCAGGGAUGCUGAGACAAAAUUUCUUCUCUUUGGUCGGGCCUUGAACGCUGCUGUAAAGCUGGACCCAGUUGAUGUGGUUGGGAAGAAAUACAAAGUGAAUAAUUACCUGGACGAAAAGCACCCACCUCGAGACUUCUACUCGCACAUCAAGCCAGAGAUUGAAGAUGCUAUGACUAAAACCUUCACCUUUGAUAUCUUGUUCCACAAUAGUGAACACCAGGCGACACUAUUACGUUACGGAAUCAAAAAAUCUGAGCAAAUUGACAAAGCCUAUGCGAUGAUAGUGCAGACCUGGCGUGAACCAUUUGAGAAGAAGAAAUUUUGAGUCAAGAUCUCCAAAUCUCCACUUGGUGGCAGACAAGAGACAGUCAAGAAUGUCUAGGUGACGCAUGGCAUGAAGUCCAAGUUUGAUUCCAAAAGUUUAAUUCAUUCAGUGUUAUGGGUUUGUAGAAAUCAACCAUAUUGUGGUGCUGGAGGAGAGUGGAGAGUUUAGCAUUAGGAAAGUCAAUGUCAUUUCAUAAAAUAUCUAAAUAUUAAAAAAAGGGUAGAAAAAAAAAACAGUACUUUAGACUUCCUAUUUCUGUUUUUGCUUGAACCAAUAUUGUUCUCAUAUAUCACCAGGUUACAGAACCAAUAUUUUACUAUAUUGUGUUUCUACAUUCCCGUUUAAUGUUUAAGUGUAAGACUGAGUGUAUGAGACAAUCAUUUCUGGCAUUCAUAUUGGGUACACAUUGUAAAUAUUUUUAUAUGAGCAAAAAUUUAAACUGCAAUGUUAUAGUAAUGCAAUUUAAGAAAUAUUUGCAUUAUUAACAUUUCCAUUUAAUGUUUAAGUGUAAUAUUGAGUGUUUGAGAAUGACCUGUCAUAUAAUGAGUUGUUGAUUUUACACAGAAUACUAUUUUCAGGAAGUAUUUCGGAUAUAUUUCAUCAUAAACAGGACCAAAUUAUUUCCAGUCUUUCUCUUUUUUACAUUGCAGUUAUAUCAUAAAUUAAAUAAUUUGAAACUCAAGUACUGGAAACUUUCCAUAUUUAACAUAAUCUGAAACACCCUUGACAUACUGUAUUUUGUCUUUAAAUGUUAUUUUUUUUUAAUGGCUUUACAUCGUAAUUCUUUAUACAAAUAGUUACAUAAGCUAUGUGCAUAUUAGAAGUCUGUACUCCACAAAUGAUUGUUUUUUAUUUUGGGCAUUCAUGUUGGGUACACAUUGUAAAUAUUUUUAUAUGAGCAAAAAUUGGAACAGCAAUGUUAUAGUAAUGCAAUUUUGGAGAUAUUUGCAUUAUAAACAUUACCAACAUUAACAAGAUUUUCAUUAAGAUAUAUUAAAUUGAUAACAUCCUGGUUAAACUGUUGUUCAUCAC